UGUUGUGUGUACCGCUCACCUCCUCGCUCACACUCCCUCCAACAAGCAAGUGACUGGUCGCUAACACGUAUGUUCACAGGAUGCUCCCGGCGUACAGCAACAACGCCUACCAGCCGGACGAGGACCCCCAUGAGCGCCACCGCAAGGACGACAGGUAUCAGAAUCCUCGCGGGCGGAGUGUUUAUGAAGGAGACCGCCGUCAGAGGAGCAGACCGCGGGAGGAUUAUUUUGAGGAAAGGGGAGGUCGAGGGAUUCCUAGGGAUCGUGAAUCCCAAGCUAGUCGGUGGGACGCGCCUCAGAGGAGAAGGGAAGGUGUGUCAAGCGACGUGGAAAUGUCUCGCCGGGACCGAAAUGCCAUGGGCGGCGUGAGGUAUGACGCGGUACGCGGAGAAGCGCACGAAAGUCGGCACCAAAGGGAUCGAGAUGAAGUUAGUGAAAGAUUUCAGCAAUAUGACAGUCGGGGUCCUGAUCGCAGCCAAGCACACAGGGAGAGAGACCGGGAUCAAGCACGAAACCAGGAAUACGAGAUGCAGGAGACGAGGCACAGGCCUUACAGUGUGGGUCGCGAGUCGAGAGAGCGCGAUAGGGAGGCAGCUGUGAGGAGGCGGGAUCCUCCUCGACGAGACUAUUCCGUCGCGAUUGAUGAUGUUGAUGGUGGAUAUGAAGGCCAAGGUGGCUGGAGGUCGAGUCAUCAAUCUCACCCUCGUGCUUUCAGGGUGUCUGACGCCGUCGAUUCAGGAUAUGCUGACCGUCAGCACGACCACGGAUACCAAGAUGGCGAUGGCCGGGCGGAGCUUCAGAACAUGCUCCCCUCUCAGCUGGACAAAAAUAAAGGUUUGAUUAUCCUAUGA